GCGCGGGAGAGGCGGGACUUCCGGUCGGCGCCGCCUGCGAAGGGCUCCGCGGCCGGCGGAGACGCGGGCAGCCAGCGAUGGCCGCGGAGGGGGCGGACUGGGUUCCCGACCUCGGAGGCUGACGGAAGGAGGUGGCUGAGGAGCGGCGCCUCUGGUUGAGCGCUCGCCGUAUGUCCCGCACCUGUGUGACCUGCCGCCGCCGCCCAGUAAGGCUCCUUCAGGAAGGAAGCGGGGAUCUGUCCCCCUUGGCAUCCCCAGUGCCCCGCAUGGGGGGCCUGGCACCCAUGAGGCAGUCGAAGCUUGCGGACCGGAUGAACAAGCAGUGAGCCCUACCUUCAAGGGCCUGUCUUGAGGACACCAGAUGGAGUUUAGCUCUUGUCGCCCAGGCUGGAGUACAAUGGCAAGAUCUCGGCUCACAGCAACUUCCACCUCCCGGGUUCAAGUGAUUCUGCUGCCUCGGCCUCCCAAAGUGCUGGGAUUACAGGUGUGAGCCACUGCCCCCAGCCGAUAGCCGAUUACUCUUAAUGCCCUCCAGCAGCUGCAGGAAUGGAAGAGGCUAGUCCUGCCCCGAAUGUGAAGGUCUGGCCUUCAUUCACAGCAAUUGUGGUCCUCAUAACUCCGGGUUUUAACUCGGGGCCUCGACUCCCGGAUCAUCCCGUCUCUUGCUCCAACCCCUGGGUCCCGGGUCCCCAGAGCGCCCACCCCAGUGCACCUUGCAUGCUGGCCCAUGGAGGGCCCCCUUGCUGGGAACCCCUUCUCCCCGUGAAGGCUGCCGGCGGGACAAACGGUGAGGGGUGAGGCAGGGAGGGAGACUCACACGUAGGGGCCCUCCCCCAAGCCUGGGUAACACCGUCUUGGCCGCUGCCCGCGGGCUGGUCAGGUAGGGGGCAGUGGGCCGUAGCGGAGAGCCUGGGCCGGGCCCGCCACGCCGCUUCCCCACGCUCGCAGCCACGCGGAGCCGCGUCCUGGUCCAGCCUCACCCACCCAGAGCAAAAGAGGCGGAGGAACUGGAGCAGCGCCCGGGCCCGGGGGCUGCCUCCGGCCGCAGCAACUGGACGGAUGGAAGAGCUUGGCAUACAGCCUGGCGGGCAUCAGCUCCCUUGACCCAGUGGAUAUCGGACCCCAGGUGGCCCGGUUAUUUGUCCAGGUGCCCAGGGAGGAGGACCCGCCUGCAGCAUGAACCUGUGGCUCCUGGCUUGCCUGGUGGCCGGCUUCCUGGGAGCCUGGGCCCCCACUGUCCACACCCAAGGUGUCUUUGAGGACUGCUGCCUGGCCUACCACUACCCCAUUGGGUGGGCUGUGCUCCGGCACGCCUGGACUUAUCGGAUCCAGGAGGUGAGCGGGAGCUGCAAUCUGCCUGCUGCAAUAUUCUACCUCCCCAAGAGACACAGGAAAGUGUGUGGGAACCCCAAGAACAAGGAGGUGCAGAGAGCCAUGAAGCUCCUGGAUGCUCGCAAUAAGAUUUUUGCCAAGUUCCGCCACAACACGCAGACCUUCCCAGCAGGCUCUCAUGCUGCAAAGAAGUUGAGUUCUGCAAACUCCAAACUACCAUCGUCUAAGUUUAGCAAUCCCACCAGCAGCAGCAAGAGGAAUGCCUCCCUCCUGACAUCAGCUAAUUCAGGACUGUGAGCCGACUCAUUUCUGGGAUCCAUCGGCACAGGAGGGGCCAGAUCUUUCUCCGCUAAAACCAUUGCCCUACAGACCCAGCUGUCCCCACGCCUCUGUUUUUCGGGUCAAGUCUUAAUCCCUGCACCUAGGUUGGUCCUCCCUCUCCACCCCCACCACCUCCUGUCCCUCUGGCAACUGGAAAGAGAGAGUUGACCUGAUUUUAAGCCUUUUGCCACUCCAGGGACCGGCGUCAACACUGAGCAGCCAGUGUCUCUUGUAGAGAAGACUUAGGAUACCUCUCUCACUUGCUGUUUCUUGCCACCCCCCCUGAGCCAUCCCAGUGUGUCCCUCUGGGUCCCUGCAAAACUCUAGUCAGUUCAAGGAUGCCCCUCCCAGGUUAUGCUUUUCUAUAACUUUUAAAUAAACCUCGGGGAGUGAUGGAGUCA